AUGCAACAUGUCUCUAUCCCGGACCUGCGCGAGGCUAUCCAUUCCCUCGACUCCAAGAUGGCGUCUCUCAUGAGCCAGCGACACGAGCUCGAGUCACAUCUCGAGAAAGCAGUCCGUCUGCAGUCUCCCAUUCACCGUCUACCGAGUGAACUUUUGGCGUCUAUCUUCGUCAUUGGGGUAUUAGGCAUAGACGAGAACCCAGUUUUGGUCUCGACGCUAAUGCUCGUGUGCCGGUAUUGGGCAGAUGUUGUUCUCGACACGCCUGUUCUGUGGUCCAAGAUCGCCGUCGGUCCCCAUGACUCUCUUGAAAGGGCCAGACGGAAACUCAAGCGCUCAAAGUCGUGUCCUCUCGACAUCAGCAUUAAUUUCGGGACGCGCACAGAGUACACGAACAACGUCACGGAACAGGUCGUCCACGCCAUGGAUCUCAUUCGUCCGGCGCUGUGGCGAACCAAGUCUUUCAGCCUCAGCGUGCCGAAUCGUCCACAGGCCCACGCUGCACUUCUUCGGUGCCAGGAGGAUGCUCCACUCCUUGAAACAUUGUCCAUACGGAUUUACCGAUCCAUGCAAGACGACCGGUAUUCCAGCCCCCCUCUUCCCCUCUUCAAUGGUCAUACCCCGCGGUUACGUUCCUGUUCCUUGACGUCCUUCAACUUCGGAUGGGACCAUCGACUUGUAUCCCGGCUUUCUGUUCUCAAGCUUGAAGGUUACUUCAACGGUUUUACUCCAUCAGCGCCAGUGCUACUUGGAAUUCUCCGUCAGUGUCCAGAAUUGGAGGAGCUGGAGUUGCGGAACAUAUCUGAUGUUGACUCGGAUCCCUGUUAUCCCUCUGCCUCCGUUGAGGAAUAUGGGCCUCCGCAGACCACUGGAAAACUCGUCCCUCUUCCUCGACUCAGGAAGAUAACCUUUUACUAUGCGGGGAUCGCGUUAGCACGCCAGAUCAUGUGUCAAAUCACUUUCCCGAACCUAGAAAGUUUUGAGAUGUGCUAUCUCGAGAAUGUCACUCCCAUCUUACAGCUUCUGUAUUCUCAAGCGCUGACACGGCUACCUUUACAAUGCCUGCGUAUAGAGUCCUGCCUAUUUAACGAGAUAAAGUUCGUUAGUCUCUUGCGUCGUUUACCAUCGCUGGUCAUUCUGGAAUUGGUGGAUGUGGAAGAUGCGUCGUCAAAUUUCUUGAAGGCGAGCUCACUUCUUUUUUUCCCUUUAUCUUCCGCACUAACGGCCAGCAUUAGGCCCUGGGUGUGCCCUAAGCUUGAGUCUCUUUCCCUUGAUGGCUGCACCUCCCUCGACUGGGAUUCUCUUCGCACCUUCAUCGAAUCUCGUCUUCCGUCCAACUCAUACCCUCGUUUCCAGGACGCUCAAGCAUUCCGCGCCGCACAUCCGCCUGUUACAUCCGCCUCAAGCGCUUCCCGUCCUCGCGUCCGUCCGCAAAAUCGGGGAUCUCCUUCAGUCUUAGGGCCGCAGCGCCUGAAAACAAUAGAUAUAACACGAUGCCAUCAAAUGAGCAAGGAGAUGGUCCAGUGGCUGCGGAUGUAUGUUCCCGAUGUCAAAUGCGAACCAGCAAAAGGCGUUUGGGGGGAACCUAUGAUACCUUGAUCCGAUGAAGAGACACAGAUCAACAGCCAAACGUUUUUUUUUAAUUGUCUCUCGGAGUUUUGAUCUCGGGCCAAGUUUUCUUGCAUACAUAUUAUUGCUAUCCUGCACUUUAUCUGCAUUACACACUUUUUUAUUCGAGGCUGUAACCUUAUUUGUAUUUUUAGAAUGGCAUUUACAACAAGUUACCUUUCGGAAUUCACAUUCUACAUGUCGCGUCGCAGUAGGAAAGGAUAAAUCGGAGGUCGUGAGUGAAGUAAAUGAACCUAUUAGAAGAUAAUACUGUCAU